UUACCAGUGGGCAACAGCUUCAACAUGCCAUCCGUUUAGGUUUGUAGACAGACUACAUGAGUCAUAGCCACCGCUUAUUUGUUACCAUGACACGUUGGUAAAUGGAGACAAUUAUAUGAUCUUUUUUAAAAUCAUAAAUGAUAUCAGCCAGCUCAGCCCAUAAACGGAGAUGUCUAUUUAUUUGCAUAGAACUACUAACGUUAUAUUCAAUUCACGCAAAUGAGCACAAUCAAGUUUAAACAUAGCGUUAGCACUCUGAUAAUAGGAAAACUGGGGAUUAUAAGAAAAACGCAACAAUAGAAAGCUACACACUUGGCAACACACGUCAACAUCCGGUGUUUGGGGACAGUAGCGCAGAGACGCACAGAUGGCGGAGAGAAACGCUCUGGAGAAGCUCGAUGUGGGCGCUUUAAGCCUCGAGCAGCAGGAGAAGCUGCACCAGUUCAAGGUCAAGACUCGAAUAGCUAAUGAAAAAUAUUUAAGAUCUCAUCCAGAGGUGGAAAUGUUACUCAGGGACUUCUUAAGAGACGUGUUUCUGAAAAGGCCUACAGAUAUUCGUGAAUUUGCAGCAGAUCAUUUCAGUGACCCAGGACUGCCAAAGAAAAUUCAGGCGCAAAUGAAUAUCCAUAAUAAGUGAAAAAUGUGUUUUUGAUUAUAGUGUUUUGAAAUAAAAGAGAUAAAAAUGA